AUGGCAGACACAUCGCAGAAGAAGGAGCUUGAGGCCUUCUUCCAUUUUUUAUCGACGUUCGACCCAUCUCAGGAAAUCACACAAGCCUCAGACCUCUCCGAUGGCUCUGUUCUAUUCCACAUGCUCUCAGCAGUUGAUACGAACUACUUUCCGGUACCAAUCAGGUCUCCUGCGCAAGCGUCCGACAAUUGGGUCGUCAGAUUCACUGCGCUGAAGCGUUUGUACCGACUAAUGACGCAGUAUUUCGCGGACGUAUUGCAGAUGCCGACGAACAGUUUGGAGAUACCAGAUCUACAAGCUGUUGCGCAGGACCAAAAUGUUAUCCAUACGUUGAUAAUGUGUCGACUGGCGAUUGCUAUUGGAGUACAAUGCGAGCGGAAUAAGGAAUUCAUCGAAAGGAUCCAAGGGCUGAAUGAGAUAGACCAACACCACCUGAUGAAGGCUAUAGAACGGGUCAUGGGCAACAUUACGGACACUGGUUCGGGAAGGGAUGCCUCAGAAGUUAUGACAGAAGAUGAUCAUUAUUAUCGGAUUCAGUCUGAGAAGAGCGUUAUUCUAUCCGAGAAAGAAACACUUGAAAAGGUUUACCAGUCACUACUAGAGGAACACAGAACGCUGCAGACCAACUUGGAUGACGCCGUAUCUGAGAAGGAGGAAGCUUUGGCACGGCUAAAGGAGGCCACUCGUGAAGUUGGACAUACAAGGAAUGACAAAUCUGAUGCUGCCUUGCGAGGGGAAGUUGAUCGCUUGCGGAUGGAACUCCAGAAGAGCGAGGAUAACUUAGCAAUGGCGGAAGCAGAGUUGGAUAAACAGACGAGCUUGGUCACAGACAUGACAAAGAAGGUCGAUGAACUCCAAAUUCGUGCCAAUGAAGCCGCGAAGUUGAAGGAUAAGUUGGACGAGUACCGGCACGUUGCUGACAAGUUGCAAAAGAGCGAAAACGUCAUGGAAAAAUAUAAGAAGAAACUCCAAGAGGGGGCGGACCUUCGACAACAACUGCGCAGCCUUGAGAAGCAGAACGCCGACUUGGUAGACAAGAACGCUUCACUUGAAGAGGAAUAUCGCAAAGUUGCCGCCUUCAAGCCUCUCAUGGAAUCUUAUAAGAACCAGAUCGCAGACCUUGAAACAAAGGGCUCCUCGCGCGCCCAAGAAAUUGAUCAACUCAAGUUCGAAUUGGAAGAGUCCCGUACAAAGCUGCGACAUACCAUGGAGGAACGAGCUAAAGAUUCAGAGACUCUUGAGUUAUAUCAAGAACGCGUUCGCGAACUCGAGCUCGCCUCUCAAAAGCCAAUUUCGCAAAGCAGUGUGACCUCACCGAUUGUACGCCAAACUACGAGCGAAUACAUCGAAGACGUACAGCCGUCGACCCCUAACCCUGAUCUUGACGGAGAUUACGACGUUGACCAAGGUCUAGGAGGAGAACUCGAAGAUGCUGUCUCGGGGACGACGAUGACGGACCUGAAGUUGCAGAUCCGCAAGUUGAAGCGCGAGCUAGAGUCCGUUCGCAAGAAUGAAGCCGAUGCUAGCAGGUUACUGGUCCUUGAGAAUUUACUGGAGGAUGCGAACCGUAUGAAGACUAGGUAUGAAGGUGACUACCUUGCAGUCCAUCGCGAGAAGUUAGUCCUUCAGCGAGAUCUCGAGGAGAUACGCAGCGGCAAGGCGAUGGGUGAUGGUGCUGAAGCCGCAAUUGCCCUGCGACAACGACUAAACGAAACCGUCGACCAACUCGACACUUUGCGGAAAGAGCAUGCAGAGCUAGAGGUCAAAUUCGACACAAUCAACAAGGAGUUGAUCAUCGCGAAAUCUGACCUGACACUGGUUAACAAGGACCAACUUGACAUUCUUGCUACGUUGCGUGAAUCCGUUAACGAAGAUAAAGUUGACCUGGAAGCAGAUGUGGAACGAUUGUCGAAGCAGAACAAAGAGCUCCAGGAGAAGAAUCGGAUGCAGCUGGAGCAGGUCAAUUCCCUUCUUCUGGAAAAGGUGAACCUGCAAAGCGAAGGUAUAGGGCACAGAGAAAUGAUGCUUCAACGCGAACGUGCCAUCGGGGAUCUUCGCGCUUCGUUGUCUGGCAAGGAUAUCCCUGAGGAUAUUAAGUCUAGACUUCUGGCGUUACACGAAGACAAUGUUAGCUUGAAGGAGAGCCUGAAAACGGAGAAGUCGAAGUUGCAAUCGGCUCGACAGUUUAUUAAAUCGCAGGACAAACUUUUCAAAGAACAGCUCGCCGCAGGAGGAGGCCCACCCUCCGCAUCAUUCGAAGAGGCUCAGCGGAGCUAUGAAACGCAACUGAAGGACCUCAAGGCUGAAGUCCAGCGGCAUAAGCAACGAUUAGUCGACGCCGCGAAACUUUACUCUCGGGAACAAAUACUACUACUGGGGGCAUACCAUGAACUCGGCCAGCGGAUUGCUCGGUCCCACCUGGGCACUACAUCACAAGCAACCCCCCGGCCAGAUUCAUGGGCGUGGAUGGGAAAAACUCGAGACAAGACCAGUCAUUCGCUUUUGCAGAGGGUCAUACAACGAUGA